AUGGCUGUCGCAAGACUGGCUCCGCGACCCGGAUUUCUCUCGCGCGCAACAAGCGCUGCGUGGGAUAUUUCGAGUCGCCGACCAGCAGUCCCCUGCCUCUCCAUUCGCGUCACCCGCUCUCCUUUCUCGACCUCGUCCCCUCUGUCCUGCGCAAGCCACAAAAGCACCACUGCACAGCCCCCGUCCAACGCCAAUGCAAAUUCGAAUACUGCCGCAAAGACUGACUCGGCGAGUUCCUCCACAGACCGGUACGCAUCAUGCAUGAAAUUGAACCAGGAAUGGGCGGCCCAGACGGCUCGCGAUCACCCGGACCUCUUCCCGACGCUCGCGACCGGCCAGAAGCCACAGAUCCUGUGGAUCGGGUGCUCCGACUCGCGAUGCCCCGAGACUACCCUGCUGGGCAUGCAGCCCGGUGAUGUCUUCGUGCACCGCAACAUCGCCAACGUGCUCCACCCGGGUGACCUCAGCUCCUCCGCCGUGAUCGAGUACGCCGUGGCACACCUGGGCGUCAACCACGUUAUCCUUUGUGGCCACACGGCCUGCGGCGGUGUGGCUGCUGCCCUCGGCAACAAGCAACUGGGCAUCCUGGACCCGUGGCUGUUGCCGCUCCGUCAGGUGCGCGAGCGCAACCUCGCCCUGCUGGAGUCGCUCUCGCCUCAGGAGGCUGCGCUGAAACUGGUGGAAUUGAAUGUGCGCGAGGGCUUGAAUGUCAUCAAGCAGAAGGGGGCUGUUUUGGAUGCUAUCGAGAAGCGUGGACUCCAGGUUCACGGUAUGAUCUACGAUGUCGGAUCUGGUGCUCUUCGUGAGCUCAACACCGAGGACUCGGAGGAGGCUAUCAAGGCCCGGUUGUCGGCCUUCAAGACCGAGGCAUAG